AUGCCAUUCUACCAUAUACAACACUCAGCUUCCCUGGCGCCUUCUCAGCGCCAAAAUCUGGCAACUUCUCUCACCAACCUCCAUGCUCAAACAUUCAACACGCCAUCCCUUUUUGUAAACAUCAAAUUCACAGCUCACGCCGACUCCAAUGCAGAGGACUUCUUUGUUGGAGGCAAUCGCAAAGACGGAACAAAUGUGAUAUUCGCUUAUGUUCGAGGCGGCGGUGGCAGAGGCCAAGAGGGCUUUGAUAAACUGGCCAAGGAGAUGGAAGCGUGCUGGGAUGAAGUCGUAGGUAAUCAAGAAAAACUACAAGGCAUUUUCAUUGUACCUGGAUUAGUGGCUAGGGAGCGCGGAUUGGCCAUUCCUGUUGUUGGUAAAGAAGCUCAGUGGCUUGAAGAGAACUGGUCUGAUUUCGAGAAAAUGGCAGCGGCUGGUGAUGAAGACUUCAAAGGUUUAGUAGAUGAAGUCAAAAAGAGACCCGAAUUGCUUCAAUCUUUUUAA